AGGCCUGCUGUAAUAAUAGGAAAUUAUUCAUGCGGUCUUGCUUAAAAUAUAUAAUAAAAAACAUAUAAUUGUAAUUUAUAAUGCGAUUGAAUGGACUUUAAAUAUAUACUGUAAUACAUUUUAACUAUAUAUAUAUAUACUUUAAGUUUCGUUAUUGUGCGAUGUAAAGACGUAUGUACCAGUGCGGAACGCCCCUCUCCGCUCCAGUGAGUGCAGAGCUCGUAGUGUACUGUAAUGACAGCGCGAGAGGCUCCACGCACGGGCUCGCUGCGUGCAGUGACGGUCACUCAAUUGUGCAACGUGCAGCAGCAGCAUUAUCAAUACGGAAACCUGGACUGCUUCCUUGGAAAGGGCUCUCCAGCAGAGGGCACAGUGAAAUUUGAUGCAGCCCCUGCCCAUUCAGCCUGUCAACACACUGUAUCUGCUGUGCGAGUAACACCUUUGAGAGCCAUGAAGACUUCCCCUGAUCUCAUACCUACUGAGCUGGACUCUACCUGUGUUUGCAAAGGAAAGGGUGCUGUUACUUUGAGAGCCACACUGGUGCAUAUCGAUGAUGAGAACAGCACAAGCCAAGAGCUGUCCAUGAACUCUGCCAAAAGUGGUUGGCUUGGUGCGGUCAACAGAGAUGCCACAGUAACGAGUCUGGCUGAGACAAGUGUAAACAACACCAGAGCUGAUUUAAAUUCAACACAAGUCAAUGAGACACCAACAAAGGUGGACUCACCUGUAAAUGAGAAUGAGUCUCAGCUCACAUCCUGCCUUGAUCCACUAAGUGCAAUUACCUCAUCAGCCAAAGUGACCUCUUCUUAUCCCCCCACCAGCAGUGUGAAUCCAACAAUUGUCCUGCUGCAGCACAACAGAGAAGCUGUUGUGGAGCAGGGCAGCAGCCCUAAUCGCAGCCCUGCCGUCAUACAGAACAGACCUCCCACUGAGACUUCAGCAGACAUGGAAGGCAAGACACUGAGACUGUCUGAACAUAUUGCUCUACCAGCACCCAGAGUCCCAGUACGGAACACAGAGACAUCAAAGGACUGGUACAGAAACAUGUUUAAACAGAUCCACAAAGUCCCAGAGCAUGUCGAAGAAAAUCCAUAUCGUCCCACCUACAUAUUCCCUGAGAGCAAUGACAGGCCUGUGAGAACCAGAGAUGACAGUCCAUCAUAUGCUGCUAAAGAUGUGCGGACUGUUCCUCGUUCAAAGAGUGCAGUAGACAUGGGGAGCUCAAGAGGACAGCUGCCUGUGCCAACACGCACAUCUUCCCUAAAACCCCAAAGGAAUGAAUGGGAGCCCCCUGACAAGAAAGUAGACACCAGGAAGUACCGCGCCGAGCCCAGGAGCAUAUUUGAAUACGAGCCAGGAAAGUCUUCUGUGCUGAGGCUGGAGAAACUGACUCAGGACUUAAGUCCAGAAGAUGUAGAUUUAGAGAAUGAGCCUUGGUAUAGGUUCUUUUCAGAGAUGGAGUUUGGCAAAGCGAGUGCCCCCUCUUUCACCCCCUUGGAAACAUCUUCCGACCUACAGCAAUACUCAGCCUGUGAAGCAGGCGACAGUGAAGCAGAGAAGGACAGCUUGUCUGCCGGUGGGCAGGCAGCUCCGGAAUGUGAUCGUCACAUUUACAAGAGUGUUCUGGAGGGCGGCGACAUCCCACUGCAGGGCUUGAGAGCACUUAACAAGCGCCACCCCAACACGUCUUCAAAAGUGGAUUAUAAAGGUGGGAAUGGCUGUAUGAUUUCAGCCUGCUCUUCUGUAAAUAGUCACUCAGUUCUUGCCAGUAAUGCACUAGCUUCUCAAUAUAAGACUAAAAAUUCCUUGUCCGCCGCCAAAGCCUGCAUCCCUCAAAUCCUUCCCUCCAAGUUUAAGCCCAAGCUAUCGCCUUCUACUGAUGAGAGCCAGGAGAGACAGACUGAGCCUUCACAGCGGCCCAAAGCACAAAGCUGUGUGGAUCUGCAUCAGAAUGGAGAUACAACAGAUAGCGAUUACUGGUUAAAUUCAGCAUCCAAGGGCAAGUGUUCUUCUGAGAGCAGGAACCUUCAUAAAAAUGGACCUGCUGUGGGAUCUGUGAGGAGAAUGGCUGAGUUCUCUGCUCUCUAUCGGAACAUGCAUAACAUUCAGAGGUCAAGCUCCCUAGGUUCUGGUUCCCAUGGAAGUGUCCUCUGCCUGGCUUCCCUUUUCGAGAAGCCAGGGGGUGACAUUACCAUGGAGAAGACUGAGAUCAUCCCUCGGGAAACUGUGACGUUCCGGGUGAUGGAGUUUGAGCGCAUCAUUCAGCGUUCCAACUCUGCCCCCACCCGCUCUGCCUCAAUGCCUAUACUCCCUAGUAACCCAAGCCCUUGCCAUAGCCCUGCACCAUCCUGUUUUCUCCAUCCUGCUGUCUCAGCAGAGACUCUGGUCAUGCCAGGGCCUGCACACACUGAGGAUUGCCCAGCAAUGGAUACAGAGGACCAAGCCCCCAAAGAGGAAGCUUCUGUUUCAGCAGAGUGCUUUAUCACCUCUGAGCAGAAUCACAACUCAAGAACUGAUUCUCCUUUGAAAAAUGAGAACAAAUUGGAGGAGACAGAUAGUUGGAUACAUGAUGCUCCCAAAGACACACCCUCAGAACACACUGGCCACCAUUACCAAUAUCUUCACAAUCACUUCCCACUCCACCUCAAACAAAGCAAAUGCAAAGGCACCUGCCCGGCUUCCUACACCCGUUUCACCACAAUCCUCAGGCAUGAGCGCCAACAGACCAACACCCUGCAAGAGAAGAGAUGUUCUCCUCCAAGGAACUUGCUUUUAAUGGGCCCAGCCCCUUUCUCCUUAAGGAGAUCACUACAUAGUCAACAGGCCAAAAAGACUUUCGCUCUCUCCGCCAUGAAGCCAAUGGCUGGAGACACGAUGGAGAACCGUCUCUUCUCUCCCAGGCCAAGGCCUGUCAUUCCGCAGCGCCUGUCCUCCUUGGAGGUGCUGGGGAGGCUCAGUAAUGGAGAAAGCUCUCCCUGUAAGGGGUGCAACUCAGAUGACCUUACAGAUGUGGAAUGCACAGAAGCCAGUAAAGAUCCCUCUGAAGACUCAGAUUCUUCACACCCUUUAAGCCAAGGAGAUCAUGGAGAGAACUCAGAAGAGACAGCCCGGAAACGCUAUGGAGAUAAAGAGAAAAUGCUGGAAGAGCAGAGACGGCUGAAGCGCGAGCAGGAAGAGGCAGACACAGCCGCUCGGAGACAUGCUGGGCUUGUUGUGACUCAUCAACAGUUCAUCACUAAUGACCGCUUCGGUGACCUGCUGGUUAUUAAUGAGAAAGAGAAGAGGAAAACUAUAGAGAGGACUCCUGCUCUGGCACAAUUUGACUUCAGAGCAGAAACUCUAAAGGAACUACCAUUUCAAAAGGGAGAUAUUGUAUACAUCUACCGGCAGGUUGACCAGAACUGGUUUGAAGGAGAACAUCAUGGGAGAGUUGGAAUUUUUCCCCGCAGCUAUGUUGAGCUCUUGCCCCCAACAGAGAAGGCUCAGCCCAAAAAGUGUGCUCCAGUCCAGGUGUUAGAAUAUGGAGAAGCCCUUGCUCGUUUCAAUUUCAAUGGUGACACUGCAGUUGAAAUGUCUUUCAAAAAAGGGGAGCGUAUUACACUGAUUCGUAGAGUAGAUGAAAACUGGUAUGAAGGCAAAAUUUCUGGCACUAACCGGCAGGGCAUCUUCCCAGUCACCUACAUAGAGGUGCACAAGAGACCCCGAGUUAAAAAUGGAGUGGACUACCCAGAUCCCCCUAUUAGCCAGUCACCACAUCGGAGCACUAAUGCCUCUCCACAGCCGAUCCACAACCGUCUCACCACCUCCCCCCUCCCUCUGCCGCAGUCUCCUCGCCGCUCUAUCUCCCCUGAAGUCCAUGCCAUCUCCAAUGAGUGGAUUUCUCUCACUGUGGGCGGAGUCAGUAGCAGCCCUCCAGCCGCACCCACCCCACCACUUCCACCUCUGCCAAGCACUCUCUACCGCUUGGGUGAAUACUUGCCCCCUUCCUUAUCCGCCAGCCCUGUGCCUCCCAUCAGCAGCAGCCCCUACUGCAUCUCCCCAGUGGCUUCUCCAUCCAGCUCUCCUUUACCCCCACCCUAUCCACCCCGCCCCAGCUCGGCCACCCCAUUCCUCACAUUUACGCCACCUCAAGGGGAGGACUUUCUACUUUCCCCACCUUCUCCUCGCCUCUCCCGCAGCCUGAGUCCCUGUGGGGGUGCUGGGCUUGAGGGUUGGCUUACUAGGGGCAUCAGGCUGGAUCAGGAGUUACAGGAAGGGGAUGGGGCAGAAAUAAACAGGGAUGGCAGCCUCCGCAAGGCUCCUUACAGCAGGGGCAAUAGCCCAGCAGAGCCAUUGAAGAAUGAUGUAGAAUAUUAUGGGCGAUCCUCAAGAAGUCCUAUCAUGCUGUUUGACAUCCAAGACAACAACAUGAACGCCAAUUCAUUUACGAAGGCAGUGUGUCAUGAGAUCAUGAAUAUUGCAGAGACCUCAGUGAGGUACUGCAGCACUUUGUCAAGCCCUGUAGACUCCGCCCACAGACUCCUGCCUCCUCCCAGUAAACACUCUCUCAUCAUUUCCCAGCAACCCCUGUCGCAGAGCAGCAGCCCUGAGCCUGGACGCAUGAGCUGUGGGAUAUUUCAGGCUCUGUACAAUUAUGUGCCUCAGAAUGAUGAUGAGUUGGAGCUACAGCAAGGAGACCUUGUCAACGUCAUGGAGAAAUGUGAUGAUGGCUGGUUUGUGGGUACAUCAAAGAGGACAAAACAGUUUGGCACUUUCCCAGGAAAUUAUGUGAAAGCUGUUAAUUUAUGACAUGAGUCAUGACAUAAUUUAACACAUUAUGGUUCGUAUGAAGAGAUUUUAGCACUAUGCUUAAGCAGCCUGACCUGUUGACAACAAAUGAAGACUUCUCCUCCCCUUGAAAACUGUAUUUUGCCCAGGUGAAUGUUUUGGUAUGUGAUCAGUAAGGUUUGCGGCAUGUCGAUAAAGAACAUAGAGUGUCAAAAAAGCAUUUUAAUUUAGAAGAAAAAGGUCUAUUAGUUUUAUGUACAUUUAUUGUUUUUUUCUUUCAUACCAUGCCCAGUUUCAGCUAAAAUCCAUUAACAUAAAAUAUCUGACUUAAAGAAAAAUGGAAAAUGUGUUUUAUUAAGUUUACAGCUGCAGACUGUACUGAAGUACAGUGCGUAACUUUACCUUCACAUACCUGACAUUACAAAACAUUACUAAAAAUUCAUUACAUUUAAAAAACUUUUUUUUGCCAUAAAUAUAUGGCGAUGAUAUUGUAUUGAAAGCACCCGAAGAUGUCUGUAUUAGGGGUUACGGGGACGGGUUCUGGAAUCUGUGAAGGGAUCAUAGAGUUAGGUUUAACAUAAUUUUAUGUGUAUACAUUACAUUUUUCACAGCCAUUGCUUUUGAAAUGCAGAUUUGUGGCACACUCUUUUAAAGAGCUUGAUUUGAAUUUUUAUUCCAAUGUGGCCUCAAAAUGCUCUUAAAGCAUUGGAAGAGAAAACAAUUCCUGCACUGUAUUUGCAAAGCCAUUUAUAGACAUCAAAAUGAUGAAAGAUCUAUCAGUGUUAGUAAUGUUAAGGAUAUUAGACUUUUAGCUCAUAUGAUGUUUAACUGCAACUUGCAAUGCAGACUCUCAACCCAUGGAGGGAGGGUUUUCAUGCAGCAUGAUUUCAGUUUAACAGCACUUCCUGUAUUCUCACAUUUUAAGGUUCAUGAGAUUACAACAAAUCAGUGACCAACUCUAAAAACUGCAGAUCUAAAUACAAGUUAGUAAUUAUUAGAGAGAGAGAGAGCGAGAGAGUGAGAGAGAGAGAGAGAGAGAGAGAGAGAGAGAAGCUUUUUUGAGCACUAUGUAAUGUAGUGAGGUGAAGGGCUAAAACUAAACCCUACUAAACUAACCCAAACUCACAUUUAGACGAUUCGCUUUGAUGGAAAAGAUACUAUUUAUUUGCCUGAGUGGUGUAUAUUUUUUCUAUUUUAAUCUUCCAUUUUUGAUUUGGUUGUUCUGAAGAGUGAAUUAAUAGUCUGACGAGCAGUGUUCUUACCUUUAUUAAAACAAGGUUUGAUCUUAAUCCAGGUACCCAAUGAAACUGACAUUUACAUAGUGUUAUGACUUGUAAUAUGUCAGAAUAUGGAAUCGAUGAUCCAUAUAAGACUGUCCGUACCUCAUUUUUAAAGUGCCAUUAACAGUAGAGGAUGCUAUAUCUGGACCGUUGUGUUCUGUUUGAAACUCUGAUGUGGAAUAGUCUCCAUUGAUUUCAUUUCAGUCUUCCUUACCUGAAUGUAUAGUUUACAUCUACUUUGGUUGUUGAUUUGCUUUUGCUUCUGUUUAAGAAGAAGAAUUACCAAUCAUAAGUCUUAUGGGUUUCCUUCUUCUGAUGGUCCUCUUGAACCUUUUGAUAAUUUAAUAUUUUUGAAUUUCCCCUUAAGUUUUAUAUGGUCCAUUCCAUAUAAUGCCAGAGAAUGUGCUGCUAGAGCGAAUGAGGUCUAACUGACUGCGAAACUUACACUUGCGUAAGCCUUCCGUCCAGUUCAAAAAGAGACAUAGGAAAAUCGCAUAUAAGCAGACACGUGUAUUUUAAAAGUAUUUAGAUUAUAUUUUUCCUUUUUUAAAUCAGUGGUUGUUGCUAAAGCAUUUGUCAAGAAAUAAUCACAUAGAAGAAACAGUUAUGAUCAUUAUUUAAUAUGAACCUGAAAAUAUGUAUUUUGGCCCCUUAUAAGAUUACAUGAAUGUAGUUUUCUGAGAUACCUGACACUUGGACAUGAAAAAAAGUUGAAAUUCAAAGUUUUCCUAUUCUAUAAGAGUUGUAAAUAUGUAAAGUAUAAAUAAAUGGAAGUGACUGAAGUUACAGCAACCUCUAUAAAUAUUACAGUUUAUAUGAUAUGAAGAAUAUUAGGAAAACACAGAGAUUUGCUUAACACAGGCUGUCUCAUGUGACUGAACGAGUGAUUCUGACACUUUGUUGGGAUUUAAAUGCCUUUCUGUCUCAUUUCAUGUUUUGCCUUGAGGUAAACAGAGGUUAUGUUUAAGGAUAUUAAUACUGUUUUGUCCCAACUGUGUCACAGGAGACAAAAACAAUGUUCUUUAAAGCAUUAAAGAGUUAUUCAAGAGUGUGAGAUGACACCCAAGAUGUGUAAUGUAUAAUUAUUACUUUGUGAUCUGUAUGCAGAGGCAAAUUUAGCAAUAUUUUUGUUUGUUUUAUUUGCAGUGCUGUUACAAUUACAAUGAAUUUAAAACACUAUUUACUGCUGUGAGUUCCUUAUUAUGCAAUAUUUAAUAAACAAUAUUACAGCUUUUGA